GACAGCGCAUACACCCAGGGAGCACUCAUUCUUGACCAUUACAGCCAUGGACGAUUUGGAUAACGAGCAGAGGAGGAGCCUGGAGCUGUUUCAGGCUGUCACCCAGAUCGAUGAUGUAGAUGCUGCCGUCGCACGACUGAGUUCGAGCGAUUGGUCUGUUGAGCGUGCCGUCGCCGGUGUCUACGAUGCUCCACCUCCUGUGUCAGCAUCAGCACCGACACCAACACGUACAGCUCCAAUAGCAUCGUCUCACAAUUCCUCGCCAUCUCCACCACCAGCGCAACCUGGUCCUGCACCUUCACAUCCGCUACCACGUCAGUUCUCUUCAGGUACCGGCCUGCCACAGCCUUCGCCCUUCAGAACACUGCUAAGUGUCUUGUUUUUCCCAUUCACCUUCCUCCGAUCAUUUGCAUUUUUCUUGGCCGGUACAUUUCCGUUCCUCGGUCGUCUACUACCCUUCUUGUCGAACACUACACCGCGUCGAUUGGAGCGGAGGAACGUAUCACCGAGGGAUCUGGCAGAUCGGUUCAUCCGCUCUUUCGAGGAGACUUAUGGAUCCGCACAUGUGUCAUUUCACGCGGAUGGAUACUCUGCUGCUCUCGCCAAGGCGAAGGAAGAGCUGAAGUUCAUGCUCGUCGUCCUCCAAAGCGAGGAACAUGACGAUACAAUUGAAUUUAACCAAGACACACUAUGCAAUCCUGAGGUAAUCCAGUUCGCACGAGAGCAGUCAUUGAUAGUCUGGGCCGGCUCCAUCAGCGAGACCGAGGGUUAUGAAGUUGCCAACACUCUCCGUGCGACUCGAUACCCAUUCAUCGCCCUCCUUGCGCCCACCGGCUCACGCUCGCUUUCCGUCCUCCUCCGUCUUGAAGGACCAGUCGGGCCUAGCCAGCUUCUCGCUUCCCUAACCAAUGGGAUGGCAAAACAGUCUACGUCACUUAACCGGCUUCGUGCUGAAGCUGCUGAGCGGAAUGCUGCUCGCGAACUUCGUCAGCAGCAGGAUGAUGCGUAUGAGGCUUCCCUGCGCCGGGACCGUGAAAGAGCAAGCGAGGCAGAGGAAAGAAGGGCAGAAGAGGAAAGGAAGAAACGAGAAGAAGAGGAGAGAGCUACGGAGGAGGAGGAAAGGAAGGCGAAGAGGGAUCAGUGGAGGAAGUGGAAGAAGAUUCAGAUGCCAGCAGAACCAGCGGCUGGUAAUGGUGCUGCCCGUAUUUCUCUGCGUAUGCUCGAUGGUUCACGGAUUGUCAGACGGUUUGGUGCGGAGACUACGUUGGAGGAUUUGUACGCGUUUGUGGAGACGUACUCAGUCGAAGCUGAAGAAGAGACACAGAAGCCGGAGGGAUAUGAGCAUGCGUAUGAUUUCAGGCUGGCGACGCCGAUGCCGAGGAAAGUGCUGGAUGUGGUAACGGAGGGGCAAAAGGUAUUGAAGGAUGAGAAGAGUCUGUACCCGAGCGGGAAUCUUGUGGUAGAAGAGUUGGAUGAGGAGGAAGACUGA